AUGCGCCAGAUGCAGGUCGAUAAGCAGACGCGCGUUAGCAUCGCGCAGUCGCUUGCGUACGCCAAUAGCCUGUUCGAGUCCUCGCACUGCGCGCUCAUAGGCAUCCGCUUCGCGACAACGCUGGUCCUCAGUCCCAAGCUCGUGGCAGUCGAGGUCGCUGACUGGUCGAGCACCGGCAAGGUCGUCGGCGUCCGCGAACUGCUCAGCAACCUGAGCCAUGAAAGCUUCCCUCAUUCCCUGUUGAGAGAGGAUGGCCAGCUCGACGCAGAGGCCUUCGGUCUGUUCCAAGGCUGGAUACGAGCUGCCAUAAUCGACCAGGCACACCGAGACGCAUCAACGCCGCUCAACCGUGUAGCGCUGGGCGCUCACACUAACCGGUCUGUCGCCGAGUACGAGGCUCAGAUCGGGUCGCGCAUCCCAUUCAGCGUUGAGGAGGAGGAUCGUCUCUCCGUGGUUCGCACUGCCAGAUCUGUGUCGACGCAUCAGACCUCGAGGAAGUCCAAGGAGGAGCAUGGCUGUUCGACCGGUGGUGAAGACCGUCACGACAAGGAUGACGGCGGGGCGGGAGGGUCUGGGAGUUCCGGUUCGGCCGGCACAGGGCAGUGUAACAAGAGAGCAGCGAGGACAGCGAGGACUGGGGGCUCGCAAACCACGACGUCCACCUCGACGGCCGCUGGCUCUGCGUCGACUCAUAGCAAGUCUCGUACCGCAACGACGGCCAGUACGGACGACGCCAACGCACUCAGCCUUGACCUCGGAGGAUCCCUUGCUGGCCUCGACAUCUCAGACCAGUUAGGUCCUGAGGACCUCCAGGCUUUGAACGCAGCGAACGAAAGUUUACCGUUAGGCGCGGACGCUGAGUCCUUUGCGGCCAGCAUCGAUGCCGACCCCGAGCUACUCGCGAGUCUGCUCAGGGAGGAGAAGCACGGGCCCCUCAGCGUCAAACGCUGGGCCGCAAACCCGGAGAACGGCGAUUUCGUUCUGGCCGUGUUGACAGCAGCUCUGGAAGACCUGGGCUGCAUGGUGAAAGUCGUCUCGCCUGACGAGAUGUCCCAGCUCCGCGCGGAAGAGCGGCGGGUCGAGAGCCCUGAAGGUUCACGCGAGCACUUCCCAUCAUCGACACAACGGUCACCAGCGCUCCCCGAGCUCGACUACUCGGACGAAACCUCUUCCCCAAGCCCCGUGUCGACCGCGCAGCUCCAUACGGUGCUGCUGCCCCGUGUCACCGGCGAAGAGCCGAGCACUGGCGCCACACCUCCCGAGCCGGGCAUGGCCUCACCCUUCGCCGAGCAACGUGCUGAGGCCGAUGAUGAUCAACCUGGCACACCGGCAACAAGGAGACCCAGACUCAGAGAAACGUCGGCGACACGGAGACUGCGCAUGCGCGUGGCUGAGCGGCGGCGGAGGACCGCACCACCGUAA